GGGGCUGAGGGGGGUGGGAUCGGGCCCCCUCCCGCUGCUCCCCGGGUGCGCUGCGCCCCCAGCCUGCUGCCAGCCUGGAAAUGGCUCCGUGUGUUCUCCUCGGGAGAGUGAAUCGAUCCUGCCCAGCCUUCUCUUCCUCUUCCCCGCCUCCUCUCUGCUCCCAGUCUUAGGAAGGGGGGAAAAAAAAUUAAAGACAGAUUCCAAUGUGGAGUGCCGAGCGCGUCGCGAGCUGCCGGGCUUGCACGUCGAAGAGGUUUUUCUACAUAGCUUUUUUCUAAUGUCAGCGCAGGGAAGCAGUGGUAUUGCUGCUUUUAGGAUUAUUUUCUCGUAGGAUCUUUCAAGUGCACGUCGCAUUGGGUUGCACGCUCCACCCCCAGGAACCUGGCGUGGUGGAGAAAUUUGAACCCGCAGCCUUAGUAACACCGAAAAGGCCGAGUUACCUGGGCUCUCCCUGAGUGUGGAGGAGGACAUGAGCGAAAUGACCACCAAGCUCAUGUUUUACAGGACUCCGUGAAGCUGGAUUCUGCGUUUUCUGACACGUAGAUUCGUUUUGUGGAAUAAAGUUGACCGCCGUUUCCUCCGCGCAGCAUUUUAUCUCUAAUAAGCAAAUGCCACCUCUGUUCGAACGUUUUGGUAUUUCCCAGAGAGAAAUAAUUUUACCUAAGGGAACUAACUGAAUUUUCAGCUACAUUGAAAUACCUCCAGAAAAGGAUCUCGGGGGUGGAAAAGCAACUGCGAAACAACAGACGGAGAAAUUCAUUUGGAAGUUAUUCCGUAGCAUAAGAGCAGGAACUUACAAGCAAGUUUUCAUUGGGCAAAAUGGGGGAACAACCCAUCUUCAGCACUCGAGCUCAUGUCUUCCAGAUCGACCCAAACACAAAGAAGAACUGGGUGCCCACCAGUAAGCAUGCAGUUACUGUGUCUUAUUUCUAUGACAGCACAAGAAACGUGUAUAGGAUAAUCAGCUUAGACGGCGCAAAGGCAAUAAUUAACAGCACCAUCACUCCAAACAUGACAUUUACUAAAACAUCUCAGAAGUUUGGCCAGUGGGCCGAUAGCAGGGCAAAUACUGUUUAUGGACUGGGGUUCUCCUCUGAGCAUCAUCUUUCGAAAUUCGCAGAAAAGUUUCAGGAAUUUAAAGAAGCUGCCCGACUAGCAAAGGAGAAAUCACAGGAAAAGAUGGAACUUACCAGUACACCUUCACAGGAAUCAGCAGGCGGGGAUCUUCAGUCUCCUUUAACACCAGAAAGCAUCAAUGGGACAGAUGAUGAGAGAACGCCUGAUAUGACACAGAACUCAGAGCCACGGCCUGAACCCACUCAGAACGCAUUGCCGUUCUCACAUAGUUCAGCAAUCAGCAAACACUGGGAGGCUGAGCUGGCUACCCUGAAAGGAAACAACGCCAAACUGACUGCAGCGCUCCUGGAGUCUACCGCCAACGUGAAACAGUGGAAACAGCAGCUGGCCGCCUACCAGGAGGAGGCAGAGCGUCUGCACAAGCGGGUGACUGAGCUUGAAUGCGUUAGUAGCCAAGCAAAUGCAGUGCAUACCCACAAGACAGAACUAAAUCAGACAAUACAAGAGCUGGAAGAGACGCUGAAAGUGAAGGAGGAGGAAAUAGAAAGAUUGAAACAAGAAAUUGAUAAUGCCAGAGAACUACAGGAACAGAGGGACUCUUUGACUCAGAAACUACAGGAAGUAGAAAUUCGAAACAAAGACCUGGAGGGACAACUGUCUGACUUGGAGCAACGUCUGGAGAAAAGUCAGAAUGAACAAGAAGCUUUUCGCAAUAACCUGAAGACCCUGUUAGAAAUCCUUGAUGGAAAAAUCUUUGAACUAACAGAGUUGCGAGAUAACUUGGCCAAGCUACUAGAACGCAGCUAAGGAAAGUUAAAUUUCAGUGCCAAUUGAUUAAAAAAGAUACUGUCUCUCUUCAUAGGAUUGUUUGGGCUCCGCAUCAAGAUUGCACAAAAAAAAAUUUGAAUAUCUCUUCUCCACGAGGAGGAUCUUUUGAAAAUUUGGAAUUGUAUAUUUCAGUGUAAAUUUUAGAAUUCAGCUUGUAGCUAGUUGGGGAAAAAAAAAAAAAGAGAUGAAAAACUUGAACUACAAAUUACCUCCAUGUAUAUUAUUGGCCAUAGUUAACUAGAAAGUUAUAAAUAGACACUUAAUGCAAUCUUUUUUUUCUGAUAUUAGCCAAUGGGAGAAUUAACAAAUGUCUGGGUCACAUCCCCCAUUUUGUGUUCAACACAGUGAAGGUUAUCUGCUUUUUAAAUUAAUUUAUUUAUGAUAUCUAAAGCUGUGUUUUGUGCAAAAACUUAGUGAUGAAAGCCCUGUCUUUUGUUGUAAUCUGAAUAAUUUCUCAGGAUAUUUUUGCACUGCCAGAGGCAGUGCCAUUACCAAUUAAUUCUUGCCAGGAGUAAAAGAGAGCUGCAUCUUUAAUUGAAACAUACUACAACUGGGUGUAUAGAGUUCUUCCCUUUUUUUAUACUGGAAGAUAUUUCUCUCUGGUGACCACUCUGAUACACUCUGGUGUUCUCUAAUCUUGUCUGCUGUAUAGUUUACUUUUCCAUAUUGAUUCCAUGUAUUUAUGAAAAGAUACUGUCUCCCAUUUUAUUACACAUUUUAAAGCCAACUAAUGAAGGCAGCUGAGUCCCUCCAAAAUUUUUCUUUUUAAAUUUCUAAUAAAUUUGACACACAGUACUGAAAUACAGCAGCCGUCACUGACGGUCUGGUCUAGCAAUGUUAAGUAUAUUUACAGAAUAUGCAGUUACAUUUAUUUAUAUAUUUUGCAAGAAAUCUUUUCUGAAUGAUUAAUGCAUUUCAAUUUACAAAUACUAAUGGUUGUUGGGGAACUGUUUAUUAUAGAUCAUUUUAAGGUGUAUAGCUAUUUUAAAGGCGAUCCAUUUCCAUCAAGCAGCCAAUCAGAGGACUAUUGGGAUUGGAGCCGCUUACUCUGUCUGGGUCUUCGCAUCAACCACAUCUCUAGUCAAUCCUCACAAGGCAAUAUUCUAAACUGUUAACUAGGCAUUUCAAAACAGGAUUUCAAUUCAGUGGGCUCUCCUCAGUGAACAGGUUUUAAUGUUGUUUUGAUGUAAUUUUAAAGGACUUUUAGCAAACAUGCAUUUCCUUAUAUAUUUCUUUUAAGGAGCUAUUUUAAAAGUAAGUCAAGUGCUGUCUAGUCUGCUUAUGGAGUAAGAAUUGCAUCAGAGUCCAUAUAUUCUUGCUGUACAAUGCUUGUGAUGUUGAGGAGGGUUCUUUUUUAAAGUGUAUGCUUGAGUAUCGACUCCAUGGAGUCUGCAAAUGCACUGACUUUUUGUUUGUACCCCAAAACAAUUGAAUUGUUAAGUACAAAAUUAAGCUGAUUAAUCAAUUUGUAACCCAUUUUUUCACUCACACAGCUACUCAACACCAGACAAUUUUGUUUUAUAUAUGUAUGUGUAUGUAUGUAAAUACAUACAUAUUAAUUUAUAUUAGAGUGAAAAAUAAAUGGUUUGUUUCUAAAGUUAGUUUCUAAAGUGAGUUUUCAGGUGUCUCUGAAAAGUUUAUAUCAGACACUUAAUCAUCAUGUAUUAUAUGUGCUAUAAUAUCAUGUACCUCCAUCUAUUUUAGGGUAUUUUCCUCACCUAUUUCUUGUAGGGAGGAUAAUUUAGGUACACAAGCUCAGAGCUAUUUCUCUGAUAAAUCAGGUAAUAAAAUUUAUUUGAUUGAUGGAAUUUUGAAGUAGAUGUGACUUUAUCCAUCAGUUUCUGAGUACAGAGCACCAUAUUUUAAUUUAAAUAGGGGAUUUAACACUAGGGAUCAGGGAAUUUAGUUAUGAAGAGUUAAAAAAAUUAAAGAAAAAAAAACAAUGUUAACUAUUAAAAUGGUAAGUGAAUUAUUUUAAUGAUGUAAUGAGAUAUUUUUAAAUUUUGACAUAGUUGUCAUUUAAUGGGAAAAUAAGUCACCAAAAUGUCUCCACUUGAAUUGUAUUGAUAGAUGAGACAUGUGUGUAAUUCAAUAUAUACAUAUACUCAUAUGUAUAUACAGAAAAUUAUUUUUAAUAUUUUCCUACUGAUAUGAAAUUUAAAAUUGGAAAUUUUGUGAGUUUUUUCUUUUCCAAUAGAGUAUACUUUUUUUCUUUUUUUAGUGAUUUCAACAGUUUCUUGAGGGCUGCACCUUUAAAUUCCCAGAUUGUCUUUAGACAUGUAUAGUAUAUGGGAUAAGGUGGACACAAGUGCACAUAUAAAUAAAAUCUUCUUAUUAAGACUAUUUUAAACAUUCAUUUACAGUAGGAGAGUACCUAGAAAUCAUCAUCAACAAGUCAUAAUUAGGCUAUGUGCCUACUGUCAUUUUCUCCGUUUCUGUAUUAUAUAAAUAAAAGUUUGCAUAUUAAGAUUUGAUUUUUUUCCCAGAGACAAAUAUUAUAUAAUGUAUCUAUAUUUAGAUCAAACUGUGGUAAUAUAUUUAUCAGAAAAUAAUGUUGGGGGACUAUAGCCUGAACAUGUGGACUGGAAGUGGACGCAGGGGAGGAGAGCAGAGAUUGAUUCCCAUUGUGUAAAGUUAUUAUGUGAUGACUGAAUUCUUGUACAAAAAGACAACUGAAAAAAAGAAAAACAAAAAUACAGUUUUUAUUUUGAAAUA